UUCUAUAACGUUCAUACAAUGAUCAGAGUAAGUUCUGCAGUGAUUUGUAUACUAUUAUCACUAUGUUUCGAUGGUGGAAAAGCCAUAUGCGUAGACAAAAACGCCCUGUACAAUGUCAACGCCACCGUCCAUCUAACUCUGCACGGCAGUGGUUUGAAAGUUCUCAACGUGAAUUUUUAUACUUUGGAGAGAUACGUGACAAUCGACGUAACACAAGCUAAUGUCACUGAUCUCUGCGAAGGCAUCAUCAAGAAUUUCAUGAACCUGGAUUCAUUAUCAUUGAUCAAUGUCAAUUUGUCCAGGAUCGAGCCAGAAGCUUUCCAGAAGGUACCCAAACUCAGAAAAUUGUCUUUGGCUGUGAAUAAACUGACUGAAAUCGUGAAAGGCUCCUUCAACAAUCUGGAAGCCUUAGAGUUCUUGUACUUGUCUGCCAAUGAGAUAUCGACUAUCGAAGAAAACGCCUUUGGUAGUUUGAUAAACCUUAGAAAAAUCCAUCUGGACAGAAACAAAAUAGUCGGACUAAACGGAAACCUAUUCCAUGGAUGUGCCAGACUGAGUCUGAUUAACCUCAAAUUCAACAUGAUAGAAAGCAUAACCAAGGCAUCGUUCCAAGACUUGAGACCGAAUCAUCAGUCGUCCAUAACCAUUCAGUUGAACAAGAACAGAAUAAGGGACGUGGAUCCGUCAACGUUCGGUAUGUCCAACCCGGUUAUUUUACAUCUGGAAGGUAAUUAUCUAGAUGCGACUUCAGAUCUUUUAUAUGGCCUCAAAGAGUACAGCAAACUUUAUCUGGAUGGAAACCAGGUCAGGUGUCUCGCUGACGACGUAAUCGAAAACAUGAGAAACACAACUAAGGAUUUGUCUCUUCUGAACAAUCCUAUGGACUGUGAUUGCAUGGAUAGGAUUGAUGAGAGAUUGGAUGAGGUGUAUGGCACUGGAAAACUUGAGUACAGCAGCACGUUUCCUUGUUUGUUCGCUCAGGAGAUAAAAUUCGGUUAGCUUUUACAUCAUGAAACUAUAACGUUUCCGGUACGGCCAGACCAGAACGAGCACAGAGGAACAUAUUUCUACUGAACAGAAACAAGACUUCUUUCAAGUUGUUUCCCUCCUGGAGGAAUUUUUGAUCUUUGUUACCUCAGUGGUUUAUGAUUAUGCUAUACUACUUCAGUUCACAUGAAUACGGAGAUUGUUGUUUCUUAGUGUAGACAUGAACAUAACAAUAUGGACACAUAUUUAAUUUCGUUUAUUUCUGUUGAUGUUUCUAUAAAAAGUUCGUCUUGAUGAGCAACUAAAAGAUUAUGUACGAAAUACGAUGUGUUUAUU